AUGAUUCGUUAUUGCACUUUCAGGAGGAAACAAUUGCUUAGGUUCGACGCCACGAAACUCGUACUCAGCCACGCCGGAGACAGCCCGGUGGUUGGCAAUCUGGGGCCCACCAGCGACGAGCUGUAUCACGCGGGCCACCGUGACCGGAAUUUCUAUACCUACGGCAACAUGGGUUUGUGCUCCUCAAUCGCAUUGGGCAUGGCCCUCUCCACCGAUGACAAGAUCAUUUCGCUGGACGGCGAUGGGUCCCUGUUGAUGAACCUGGGGACGAUCGCAACCAUUGGCCGGGAGAAGCCGGAAAACCUGGUGGUAUUGGUUUGGGACAACGAAGCGUGGGGACAAACGGGCGGACAGCCCAGCCACACGUCCACAAACGCCGAUCUGGAAGAGAUCGCCAAUUCCUGUGGCAUCACGAAAACCGCGACGGUGGGCGACCUCGAAACCCUUGAGGACGUUUUCUCGCGGGCGAUGGCGGAGCCCGGCCCCUGGUUCAUCGUGGCCAAGAUAGAAGAGCCGACGAAUACAUGCCCGUGGCGCCGGUGGAGCCGGAAUUUACGCUGUACCGGUUUAGGAAUACGUACGUGA